GCCGAUCACAUUCUUUCACCAACGAAAAAAACAUCGAGAACAGGCUUCCCAACACGGACUGGUGAAAAGCAGCACACAGAGAAAUAAAAAGUCUCAUUUUCACUGUCCAUGGCUAGGGUUCCAAGCAAGCACGACCGUGAUCAUUCUCCUUUGGAUUUCAAGGGAUUCUUGAGUAAUCUGCAGGAUUUUGAUGCUUCAAUCAAAGACAGCAGGAAAUUCAACUCACAAUCUCACACGGACAACAUGAAAGCUGCAAGAAAUAUGGGUAAAUCGACGCCUAGAAGUCAACCCGGUGUUUCAAGGCAAGAUGAUUACCUGAAAAAAUUUGAUCAAGUUGGCCAGCUGUCCAGUAGCUUUAUGUCCUCAGAUGUCGGGCCUGUGGAUGCUAAUUCAGAGAAAGAGUUGGGUAAUGAGUUCUUCAAGCAGAGAAAAUAUAAAGAAGCAGUUGAUUGUUAUUCCAAGAGUAUAGCGCUAUCACCAACAGCAGUAGCCUAUGCAAACAGGGCAAUGGCUUAUCUUAAACUUAAAAGAUUCCAGGAAGCCGAGGACGAUUGUACAGAAGCCUUAAAUUUAGACGAUCGGUACAUUAAAGCAUACUCAAGACGUUCGACAGCCAGAAAGGAGCUUGGUAAGCUUAAAGAUUCCAAGGAUGAUGCAGAUUUUGCUUUGAGGCUGGAGCCACAUAAUAAAGAGAUUAAAAUGCAGUAUGCAGAAGCAAAAUCUUUGUACGACAAGGAACUUAUUAAAAAGGCGUCUGCAUCGUUGAAAGAAGCAACACAAGGGUUGCAAAAAGAAUUGAAGUUAGAUAACGGCCCACAAUCUACACCCAAAAUUUCUGAAACCACAGUAGUCGCUGCAACUAAAACAGAGAGUUGCCCAGAGACUUUUCACAAUGUUGGCAAGAAAGCUUUAAAAGAAUCAGUUCACGAGCUUGCUGCCCGGGCAGCUUCUCUAGCCACUGCUGAAGCUGCAAAAGACAUUGUGCCUCCAACUACAGCUUACCAGUUUGAGGCUUCUUGGCGAGGAUUCUCUGGUAACCAUGCCCUACAGGCACGACUGUUAAAGGCAACGGAUCCUGUUAUGUUACCACAGAUCUUUAAAAAUGCUUUGUCAGCACCGCUGUUAAUUGAUAUCAUCAGGUGCAUUGCCACCAUUUUCAUUGACGAAGCUGACCUGGCUGUCAAAUUCUUGGAAAAUCUGCCCAAUGUGCCGCGAUUUAAUAUGAUUAUCAUGUGUCUUUCACCUACAGACAAAUCAGAUCUCCGAAGGAUUUGGGAUGAAGUGUUCUGUAAAAAGGAAAUUGCUCAACAAUAUCUUGAGGUUCUUCAACUAUUACACCCAAGAUACUGCAUUCAGUAAAAUAGAGGUAUUCCUCUUGAAGAUUGAUGGAUACUUCUUGUUAUAGUGUUAGACACAGAUCUUUGUAGAGGAACAGCUCUCCCCUUUGGAGCAGUUGAGUCAUUAAUGGGGGUAUACAUGAUAUCAUUAGUGGUGUAAACAUAACAUUCUUGCCGUAAUGUAUUUUUGAGAUGUUAUGCAAUGCAUGCAUGCCCUGGGAUGCUUGUAGUGGUUGCCUUAUAAGUUAUAUAACUGUAGUUGAUGUUA